ACGUGACGGGGAGGGUUGUCUUGCAGGAAGUAGCAUUCGAACAACUGAUCGACCCUGUUCUUGUUUCGGUUCUAUUUCUUCUAAUUUGAUCAUGUGGAGAGCUGGAGUUGACAUUAAGGCAAGCACAGAGGCUGCUGAUGAUGAUUGGGAGACUGAUCCGGACUUUGUGAAUGAUGUUUCAGAGCAAGAGCAGCGUUGGGGAGCUAAGACAGUCGAGGGGUCGGGUCAUCAAGAGUCACUCAACAUCAAACAGCUACGCAAAGAAGUUGAGUCAGACCACCAGAAAGUAAAGAAAGAGGAGAUGGAAUCUGGUCCAAAGGCAUCAUAUGGAUAUGGUGGAAAGUUUGGUGUACAGAAGGACAGAAUGGAUAAAAAUGUUGUUGGAUUUGACUAUGAAGGCAAGGUUGAUAAGCAUGCAUCCCAACAAGAUUACUCCAAGGGCUUUGGCGGCAAGUAUGGUGUGCAGAAAGACAGAGUCGAUAAGGCUGCUGUGGGGUAUCAGUAUGAGGGAAAGACAGAAGCACAUCAAUCCACCAAAGAUCACUCUAAAGGAUUUGGAGGCAAAUAUGGAGUUAUGAAAGACAGAGUGGACAAGGCUGCUGUGGGAUAUGACUAUGAAGGAAAAACUGAGGCCCAUGCUUCAACCAAAGACUUCUCCAAAGGCUUUGGUGGCAAGUAUGGUGUACAGAAGGACAGAGUUGAUAAGUCUGCUGUGGGUUUUGAGUAUCAGGGCAAGACGGAGGCUCAUGAAUCUCAGAAAGAUUAUUCUAAGGGGUUUGGUGGAAAAUUUGGAGUGCAGAAGGACAGGGUGGACAAGUCUGCUGUCGGCUACGACUAUGAAGGAAAAACCGAAGCUCACGACUCCCAAAAAGACUACUCAAAGGGCUUUGGUGGGAAAUAUGGCGUGCAAAAAGACAGGGUUGACAAGUCUGCAGUGGGAUUUGACUACGAAGGCAAGACUGAGGCUCAUGACUCACAGAAAGAUUAUUCCAAGGGCUUCGGAGGGAAGUUUGGUGUCCAGAGCGACCACAUGGAUAAGGCUGCUGUUGGCUACGACUACGAAGGCAAAGUUGGCGAACACGAGUCUCAAAAAGAUUAUUCCAAGGGAUUUGGCGGCAAGUAUGGAGUGCAGAAAGAUCAUAUGGAUAAGAGUGCUAAAGGCUAUGAGGACAUGGAGGAGGCAUCCGGUUCUUACCAGCCCGCCAAACCACGUGGAGAUUCCGGAGCUGCAAGCAGUUUGAAAGCGCGAUUUGAGAACAUGGCAAAACAAGAAGAAGAGGAUGCAAGGAAGAAAGCAGAAGAAGAAAAACAGAGGAGGCAAGCGAAAGAACAGCGUGAGAGAGAAGCGGCGCAGCGCAGGCAAGAAAUGGAAGCAGCCAAGGACGCAGAGGCCUCAGAAAGGGAAGCAGAGGCUGAGCGGGCUGCAGCUGAGGAUGAAGCCCGACGGCAACAGGAGGAAGCUGAGCGGGAGGCGGAGGAAGCCCGACGGCAACAGGAGGAAGCUGAGCGGGAGGCGGAGGAAGCCCGACAGCAACAGGAGGACGCGGAGGACGAGUAUGAGACAGUGUCACACGAGCCAGUAUCUGAGGAGCCGUCUGCCCCACAAGAGGAGGCAAGUGGAGCCACCGGAGUAUCAGCCGUUGCCCUGUACGACUACCAAGCAGCUGGUGAAGACGAGAUUACCUUCGAUCCCGAUGACAUUAUCACCGAUAUCGAGAAGAUUGACGACGGGUGGUGGAUGGGCACGUGUAAUGGACAAAGAGGGCUUUUCCCGGCCAAUUACGUCGAGGAAAACCAGUAAACAUAAUACGAACAUUAUUAACAUCUUUUUAAACUCAAAUUUGUCGGUUGCUCCAACUGCGUGAAACAGUUACUUUCCCAUAGUUUCAUCGACUUCCUUUACUGAAUACCCCUAAACCGAAUGCGGGGCAGUUAACCCAAGGAUUGUCACGUAGUUUACAUAGACAGUAAUUUGAGUCUCAAAUGAGCUACGUGGCCAUCCAGAAUCACUUUUGCAAACGGUCGAAUGGGAAAAAGUGAUUUCUGAGCUUCAACGGUUUUGGCUGCAAAGUGGUAUUUAAGACCAAACGUUAUUAAAAUGUUAUUUCGCCUGCUUGGCGCCCAAGACAGUCCCUUUAUAUCCAUUCUUCCAUUCGAAAAAGUUAUUUGGCCGGUCCACGUACCUAUCAGGAUUAAGCGUUAAGUCGUACUUUUCACUGUAAAAAGAUGAUUCUUUUAUAGUUGUCUUCGGAAUAAGCAGUUUUCGCAUAAGUGAUUAACACAGUAAACAAAAAGGUCAAAUGUAACGGGGGAAAAGUAACCGUAUCAUUUGCAUUUUUAUUUUGAAUCAAACUGCUAUUAUAUGAAUGUAAUAAUAACGCCUUGUGAUUAUAGAGACAAUUCAGUAAACGCGAAACUAUACAGUAGCAUUAAAAACAGUUUUGCUCAA